GAUUCCAUUGGUCAAGUGGUAACUCACCACCAACUCAGGGAACCGGGCCAUGCAAAACGAACUGGCCCAAUUUGUGGCUGGAACAGCCCUCUUACUAUACCGGUUUAUUAUGUGUCAUCACUAUCAAACCGACCGCCAAUUCAAACGGGAGGAUUUCGCCGGCGCCUUAGUCAAGACAGGAAAGUGGAGCUCUUCACGACCAGUAGACGGUAUCUCUGAAGUGAUUUUCGUGGCACUGAAACUUGUCUAACUUUACAUUCCAAUCCGCGUGCGGCUCAGCAUCCAUCUCAUUUCUCAGCUGUAGCUAACGUUAGCUGGCUAAUAUGCCAGUUGCUAGUAAACCAAACAGAGUUCGCAGAUAAUAAGUCAAACGUUUUGGACUAAACAGGCAUAACAGUGAAAUAAGAAAGUUACAUUGCAAAGUCUACAACAUUUGACUGUUUUGCCUGUAGUUACUACUUUAGCAAUCCUUAACAAAUGUGGGGUUAUAACGCACAUGACAUGGUGGCGAAAAUAGACGGCUAGCAAAGCUACCACACGUCACCUUAAAUUUCGAUAUUGUAAAAUAUCGUCAUUGAUCGUAGUAGUUUGACAUUAUUGGUUCCAUCCGUAUGAUGCACCAGCAAGGGACUUUUGUGUCACCCUUACUCAGCGGGGUCUUUUGUCAAUGCCGAACAGAGGAUGCUUCUGCCCCGGGUGGAGGGGUCGGGGGUGCUGGGGGCGCAUCCUCAUCAUCUUUCACAUCCUCACCUCUAACUCGGGAGCGUCCGUUGUCAGUAGAAUUCACAGGUUCCUGUGAUGACUCCUGUGAGCCAUCAUACCCAUGCGAACUUUGUGGUGGACCCGAGCAGGACCAUAGACUAAAAGUGCUGUUUCAAGUCCUGGACGUGAAUGGUGAUGGGGGCAUCUGCGUCAACGACCUGUCCAUUGGGCUCAAGAAACUGGGGGUUCAUCGCACUGAGCUCGAGCUUAUGAAAAUAGUGAAAGCGGGAGACAAGGACCUGGAUGGCCAGCUGGAUUUUGAGGAGUUUGUCCACUACCUGAGAGAUCACGAGAAGAAACUUCGGCUGGUCUUCAAGAGCCUGGACAAGAAGAACGAUGGUCACAUUGACUCGCAAGAAAUCAUGCAGUCCCUUCGAGACCUGGGGGUUAACAUCUCUGAGCAGCAGGCUGAGAAGAUCCUCAAAAGAAUAAGGAAGGGCCUUGUCUGGGCCCCUAUCAUGUACAUGGACAAGAACGGCACGAUGACCAUCGACUGGAACGAGUGGAGAGACUACCACCUGCUGCACCCUGCUGAUAACAUUCCUGAGAUCAUCCUGUACUGGAAACACUCUACGAUCUUCGAUGUUGGGGAGAGUCUGAUGGUCCCAGAUGAGUUCACCGCCGAGGAGAAGAAGACUGGGAUGUGGUGGCGACACCUAGUGGCUGGAGGGGCAGCUGGCGCCGUGUCUCGAACCUGCACAGCACCUCUGGACCGGCUCAAAGUGCUCAUGCAGGUUCACGCCACCCGUACCAACAGCAUGUGCAUCGCCGGCGGCUUCACCCACAUGAUCCGUGAGGGCGGCAUGAGGUCGCUGUGGCGAGGCAAUGGCAUGAACGUCAUCAAGAUUGCCCCCGAGUCGGCCAUCAAGUUCAUGGCUUACGAGCAGAUCAAACGGUUGAUAGGCAGCAACCAGGAGACCCUGGGCAUCCUGGAGAGGUUUGUGGCUGGAUCCCUGGCUGGAGCCAUCGCUCAGAGCAGCAUCUACCCCAUGGAGGUGUUAAAGACCCGCCUAGCCCUGAGGAAGACGGGACAGUUCUCUGGCAUCGCUGACUGUGCCAAACACAUCUUCCGGAAGGAGGGCAUGGCCGCCUUCUACAAGGGCUACAUUCCCAACUUGAUAGGCAUCAUCCCCUACGCUGGCAUUGACCUGGCCGUCUACGAGACUCUGAAGAACUCGUGGCUGCAGCGCUAUGCCACAGACAGUGCAGACCCCGGGGUGUUUGUCCUUUUAGCCUGCGGUACCACUUCCAGCACCUGUGGCCAGCUGGCUAGCUACCCCCUGGCCCUGGUCAGGACCCGCAUGCAGGCACAAGCCACCAUCGAGGGCGGUCCCCAGAUGACCAUGUCAGGGCUGUUUAAACACAUCGUGAAGACUGAGGGUGUGUUUGGACUCUACCGGGGCCUGGCCCCGAACUUCAUGAAGGUCAUUCCAGCAGUCAGCAUCAGCUACGUGGUCUACGAGAACCUCAAGAUAAGCUUGGGGGUCGUGUCUCGGUGAGGACCAGGAGGAAAGGGAGAGAGCACCUCCCCUAAAAACCAAAGGGUUAUUUUUUUGCUUUUCUUUUUGGAGAGAAAAAAAGGAGAGCGAAGAGUAGGAGACUGAGUGAGAAGAGUUGCCAAGCAACGGAGCAGGUGACUUGGAAAGAAGGGGUUGUUGGAAACGUCUCAUUCUGUGAAUGUUAUGAGGACAGGUGGGUCGAGGUGGAAGGAAGGGGGAGAUAUAUACUACAACACAAACAACUAAAACGGGAUUCUCCAACCCUGUUCCUGGAGAGCUACUGUCCUGCAAAAACUCCAGGAGGGUAGCUCCAACCCCCCUACCAGGAACAGGGUUGGAGAACUUUGGACUAAAUGAAGUGAUGGACGGAUGUGGACAGACACUGUGACUUGGAGGGAGGUAUGGGGAUCCUCUCUCAUAGAUGUAACCUUUAAUCAUCAUUAUUUAAUGUGUUAUUUUGUUAUCAGUCCAGAGGCACUUCACCAUGAGUCCACUGUUGGCUUUUUUUAAAUCAAACACGAAGACGCAGGUUAACUAAAAAGCAAUCUCUUCACUGGAACACCAACAAUCUCCAACCAGCUUGAAGUUUGCUAAUAAUAAUGUAUUUAGGGACCAAGAAGCCGCUUUUGUUCGUGACUGUUGCAUUAUGGUGGACCUGGGGACUGACCAGGUUGACCAAAUCAACUGGGGGAGCACAUAUCAAGUAAAUGGCUUGUGAAAGACAACCAAAGCCUAAUUCCCGACAAAGGGCUUUUCUGAUUGUCAUCUAAAAUGUUCUUAUGUAUUAUCUGUCCCCCUUUAACGCAGCACUCCCCAAUUCGGCAACUAUUAGGGCACUAGCUGUGGCAAAUUUGUCUCGAGGGAGAAAAACCUCAACUCAGAAUUUUGGUUUAACUGAUUAAUUCCUGUAUUGUUUUGCCCCAUUCAAAGAAAUCCAAACUGUGGUUUUCCUUUUUCUCAUUGUUUGACUUGAUAAGAAUGUUAAACUGAUUUGAACUGAAAAGGUGAUGCAGGUUGAAUACCCAUAGUGUCUUAUUGUCCACUUAAAACAGCUGGUAAGAAGAUGUGUGUGUCUUGAUGCUAAUUUAUUUUUGUAUUGUAACCAGAUAUUUAUUUAAAUGUGGUCCGUACAGACAGCACUCAAAUAUUAGAUGCUGCUAGCAUAUAAGUUUAGUUACAAUACUAUAACAACAUAUUCAGCAACUGUUUAUAUAUUGUAUUUAGCAAUUAUGAUGCAACACACAAUGAUUAGCCUACCUAUUGAUCAAGGUUUGAGGUGUUAUGUUGUCACUACCUGUUUAACAUUUCAGACUGGAAGUCCUGAUUUGACAUUUGUUCCUCUGGGACCUUCUCUGCACCUGAAGUCUACAGUCUGUAAAUGCGUGAAUUUCCAGGGUGCAGGAUAUUCUAUGUCCCUUUUCAAUAAGUCUGUGAGGGCGUGGUGGCGUAGUGCGGCCUUCGUCAAAGUGCAAGGCACUGGCAGACACAGCAUCAGCAAGCGUGGGAGUGCUCUGUCUCCAGGGCCGUAUAAUGGAGAAAAAUAUCUGCAAUGGGACAGGGCCAUGGUCUGUGUGAAUGAGGACCUGUGUGCAUGAGGUCUCUCGUUUUGCACCAUUACAUUUAAACUACAAUGUGCAAACACUUCCACCACCAAGCUUCAUCUCACUGCACUUAAACAAGAAACACUUAAUAAUGCACUUUAAGGUCAUUUUCUUUAACUUGAACCAGACUUGAAUCUCUUUUUUGUUUUACUGAAAUCAAAUGAGGGAUUGCUAGCAUUGCAUUGUGAUGUUUUAUUUAUUUUAUCAUACAUUUGACUGAAAUGAUUCAUAUUAAAGGCCCAGUGCAGUCAAAAACAAGAUUUUCUUGUGUUUUAUAUGUAUAUUUCCACACUGACGUUGGAAUAAAUCUGUGAAAUUGUGAAAAUUAUAAUGCCCUGUUAGUAUAAGAGCUGUUUGAAAAGACUGCCUGAAUUUUCAGCUUGUUUUGGUGGGAUGGAGUUUGGCCUUCCAUGGUGACGUCACCAUGCUGUAAAUUAGUUAAUAGACCAAUAAAGAGUUCCAAACCUCUCCGCCCAUAACAGCACAUUUUCUGUUUUCCCCUUCUAACUCAGACCAUUCCCAGACAGUCCUAGUGAAAUUCUUGCUUGAGAAAUUGCUCUUUGAGAAGAAGCUAUUUUUGUUUAUUUUUGAUCAUUUUAAUUGAAAACAAUCCCAGUAAGGUACUUUAUUGUUACCCAGAAAUGAUUUGAUAUUGAGAUAAAAAUGGCUGCAUUGGACCUUUUAAGUGUUAUAUGGAUCGUGAAUCGAGGCUGAUAUGUUAUUUGUUGUAAGGCUUAAUGUCUCAAAAGCUGUUUGUCCUGUAUGUUGAAGGCCUUAUUUUACCUGAGAUCCAUGAAUUGACUUUUUGAUUCAUGGACUCAGUUUCCAGAGGAUGGAGAGAGAAAUUGGUCUAAGUCAUUUAUUUUGUUCCAUCCUCAGGGAGAAUUUAGUAGUUUGGGGCUUUCAGUGUUCUGAAAAACACAUUUUCUCAUAAUUCCCCCUGUCAAUGUUUCCCAGUGUUCGCUAGGCAGUGUCAGUUUCCCUAGUCUUCACUGUCCUCGCACUGCAUGUAUAUAUAAAGGGUAAAUUAUAUGCAUAAA